CUUCAUCUCUUCAGUGAUGCCGCUGCAGCCGAACACUCGGAACCGUGUGGCGAGAUACUACAGUGAACGGGACCUUUCCAACUGCAGAGCAGACAGGAACGCUCUUGACGGCUUACAAGCUCAAAAACCUGAAAUUGCGAGGAUUAUUCUGGAGCGAAGUCCUGGUCGGAGCGUGUAGACUGCUGCGGCGUGGAGGAAGGGUGGAGAGAUGAGCACACACGCAGAUCCAGGCGACUGGAAUACAAGACUGCACUGAGAAGAUGCCGAAGCUCAGGCGCUGAGAAAGAUCUUGUUUUGAGGCCUGAGAAGACGGAAGUAGCAUCUGGAUGUGCGUGUCGACCUGGCCACGAUGACGAUGAAAGGCCUGUCCAGUAGUCACAGUCACCACCACAACGUGACUUGUGACCCGUCUUAUGACUCGAUGACUCUUGGUCACGUGGAUCGACGAUCCUACUUCCUGAACCCUAGUGAAGCUCAUCCUCCUGACCAUCCCUGCUACAACCAGCGUAGCUCUUUCCAGUCUGAAAGCAGCACUUACCCAGAUCUGGCGAGCUGUACUUUCCCUCGCCGACAUUACAGCUCACACCAUGAGCUGAAGGAGGAGUGCGGCGCUGUGGUGCCGUACACGGGGCCACCAGGAAACAGUAAAGUUGUUGGAGGAGCUGUUGGGAACAACAACAACUUACUGGAGCAGUUUGAACACCAGGGACCUGUCCGGCGUGAAGGAUAUCACACACUUCAGUACAAACGCACGGCAGUAGAACAUCAACGAAGUGAUAGUCCUGGUAGAAUCCGCCAUCUGGUUCACUCAGUUCAGAAGCUUUUUACCAAGUCCCAUUCUUUAGAAGGCCCUACUGGAUCUGCUGGUAGUGGAAAUGGGCGGAUUAACGGCGGAAAGUCUGGUACUGAUGACCCACCUUCUUCAUCUGGCACCUUAAAGCACAGUAAGCGCAGUAAGAGCAAAGAUCGCUCCAAAUCUGAGCCGAAGAUGCGAACCGCUACCUCAGGCUAUUGGAGCUCGGACGAUACUCUGGAUCGGGAGGCGUGCCUCUACCACCAUCACCAUGGGGGUGCCGGGGCACCGCCCUCUGGUGUUAUGACAAUGGGACGGCACCCUGACAAAUCCCAGUCUCAGUACUUUAUGGAGUCCUAUAACACCAUCAGCGCCCAUUCUUUGAAGUCGUCUCGAAGUAACAACGAUGUGAAGUGCUCUACUUGUUCUGGAGGAAGCAGCGGGGGUCUCCAGCUAGUAGGUGGACUAGACAGCCAGCUCCAGCUUAAGAAGAGCUCCUGGUCUUCUACUCUGACGGUGAGCAGAGCCAGAGAGGUCUACCAGAAGGCCUCUGUCAACCUAGAUAAAGCUCUAGUGAAAGCUGAGCAGGGACGCACCUGCCACUUCUUACAGGUGCCUCAGGAUGACUGGAGCGGUUUUUCACCACUGGGAAAAGAUGAUGAGAUACCAUGCAGGCGGAUGCGAAGCGGAAGCUAUAUCAAGGCCAUGGCGGAAGACGACAGUGGCGACUCGGACUGCAGUCCAAAGCCAUCGCCAAAGGUCCAAGCGCGGCGUGCCAGCUACCUGAAAGCCACCCAGCCCUCCCUCACAGAGAUGACGACCUUAAAGAUUUCAACCGAACACUCUCCCAAGCUGCAGAUCAGGAGUCACAGCUAUCUGCGGGCGGUGAGUGAAGUUUCCAUCAAUAGGAGUCUGGACAGCUUGGACCCGGCAGGGCUGCUGGCCUCACCUAAAUUCCGCUCGCGAAACGAGAGUUACAUGAGAGCCAUGAGCACCAUCAGCCAGGUUAGCGAGGUGGAGGUGAACGGGCAGAUAGAGGCAGUGUGCGAGUCGGUGUUCAGCGAAAUGGAGUCACAGGCGGUGGACGCCCUGGACUUGCCCAUGCCUGGCUGCUUUCGCAUGCGGAGCCAUAGCUACGUGCGUGCCAUCGAGAAGGGAUGCUCACAGGACGAAGAGGACAGCGCGGUCGCAGGCGGCAGGAGGAACCACUCGCCCCCACGCACCACCACCACCACUGUCAGAACCAUCCAGAGCAGCACAGUGUCAUCAUGCAUCACCACCUACAAGAAGACGCCUCCUCCAGUGCCACCUCGGACCACCCCCUCCAAACCCUUCAUAUCCAUCACAGCGCAGAGCAGCACCGAGUCGGCCCAGGAUGCCUACAUGGACGGCGGGUCGGGCCAGCGCUCCGGCAUCAGCUCUCAGCCGGGCCUGUCCAAUUCCACGGAGAGCAUCGACAGCAUGAAAGCGCUGACCGCUGCCAUCGAGGCGGCUAACGCCCAGGUGCACGGUCCAGCCAGCCAGCACGUCACCAACAGCACCAUCACCAUCACGGCCACUGCCACCACCUCUGCUGUUGCCCACGUGUCUGCGGACAACAGCAAGGCUCAGAGGGACGCACUCCGAAAGUGCCUCUCGAUUGGGAUCCAGGUGGAUCCCGAGGAUGGAGGGGACGCCGAAGAGCAUUCCAAAUUCCAGUCUAUAGGAAUUCAGGUGGAGGAUGAGCGAUGUCACCGCAGAAUGACACGGUCCAACAGUGUGACCACAGCCGUUCAGGCGGACCUCGAUGACCCUGCCGAUGCCCCUCAGCUGCCUCCUCGUCUUUGUGCCACCAUGCCACGCCAGCAGUCCCGUGAUGCCGCCACUUCUACCGUGAGCAUCCAAGGCUCUGGCAACCACUACCACGCCUGUGCUGCGGACGACUAUGGUGAGGUCGGCUUCGACCCGUCCAUCCUGCCACCUCCGGACCCCUGGAUGGACAACGUGGUGGAGCCAACCAUGGAGGCUCUGGAGGCGGUGAGCCGAUCUGUGUGCCCUCGUGACGGACACUGGUUUCUUAAGUUGCUCCAGGCGGAGACGGAGCGCAUGGAGGGCUGGUGCCGGCAGAUGGCACAGGACGAGGUGGAGAACAAGCUUCCUGAUGAGAUCCUGGGGAAGAUCCGCAGUGCAGUGGGGAGUGCCCAGCUGUUGAUGUCCCAGAAGUUCCAGCAGUUCCGGGAGCUGUGUGAGGAGAAUCUGAACCCAAAUGCACACCCCCGACCUGUGUCUCAGGACCUGGCCGGAUUCUGGGACAUGCUCCAGUUGUCCAUCGAGAACAUCAGUCUGAAGUUUGAUGAACUCCACCAGCUCAAAGCCAACAACUGGAACCCCCUCCCACCGACUCAGGAGAGAAGGAUGCCCCCUCCUGUGCCAAAGAAGCCCCUGAAGGGCCAUCCUCAUUUGGCUCGGGACCGCUCGCUGGAGAGCUCCGAGCGCCAGCGUCUGGAAGCUCGGAAACGCCUGCUCGCUGCCAAACGUGCCGCUUCAGUCCGUCAGAGCUCAGCUACAGAGAGCGCAGACAGUAUCGAGAUCUAUAUCCCCGAGGCCCAGACGCGGCUAUGAGGCGGGCUGAUGCACACAAAAAGCACUGUAAAGUCGCAAGACAAACUCCCACAGUCACGGCAGGGUCACGAUGGAAGAAGAAAAUGAUUUAUCUGUUCCCUCAUUUCCUCCACCCAGCUUCUAUGUAGCACUCUUACCCUCCAUCUGCUGUCCUUUUAAGUGACCUGACACACAAAAAAGCCAAGCGUAGCGUCACAUUUCAAGAGGCAGCCAGCAUGCAUUCAAAAUAUUUACAUGCAGACACACACCAGUGAUCUGAACUAAAGGGAUUCUUCGAAUAACUAGUGUAUGAUAUUUAUGUUUGAAUUGUAUCCUAGAUUUCCUGUAGAAAGUCUGUUUAUCAAGAGAGCAUAUCACAACACAGGCUAUUAAAUAGACCGGUUACAACAAGGUGGAUUUCACGUGAAAGAAGUCAGCUCAAGUUACCUUACACUUAGAGGUCAAUGUGUCCAAUGCAGUGAUGUUCCCUGCAGGGUGGCAUGUGGAGGAGGAGGGGGUGGCGUGCGGGAGUAAUGAUGAAAAAGGAGGUUGGAGUAGAAGGAGCAGAUUUAGGCCUCAUCCGCACGGAAAUGCAUCUCUUCCUUCUGACUACUGUUUUUUUUUAAAAUGUGCUCAGUAAAAAGGGAGUCCGAGCAUCCACACCACUUAAAAGGAUAGACACUUAGCAAAGGAAGAGGACAGAUGUGCAAGAUGGGUUCAGGUGGAGGAGCUGGCGUUCUGUAGCAACCUCUGAGGAGAAGAAGCAGAUGCGAAGGGAAAGAAGUAGAGUGCGUGAGGAGAAGGUGUGUGACCGGGGACACAGUGCAGGCUGCGCUAUAUUAAUCCACGUGUGAAGCCUCGACGUAUAAACAAAUGAUUUAUUAAUCAAACACUAAGAUAUUGAGUAAUAAUAUAUAUUUAGGAUGAACUGUGCACCGAGCUGCGUAACAUGAAGCUGUGUUGUUUUCUACCCAGUAAUGCUUCUAGAAGCAUCAUCUCAUUCUGGAGUGGAGUUGAGAAGAUGCGAGAGCUAGCGGUGUGUAGCACUGGCAGGUCACUCGCAGGGCAAAGAUCAUCCGCUCGGCUGCAGGUUUUGUGUGUCACCGUCAUGAAAAGCCAUCUACAAGUGCUUCCGAUCUCUCGCAGUUCUUUUCAGGUGGAGCAACAUGGAAGUAGCAUUUGAGAUGACCUCGAAACCACACACAUCUUCAUCAUUGUAUAUUGAAAAAAAUCAUUUGUAAAAAUAAGAAUUAUCAUGCAUGCCCACUUUUUAAAGUCUCAUAUUGUCACUAUAUAUUUUUUGUUUGUCAAACAAAGGUAUUUGGUAACAAUCGUUGUUGCACUAUAUUUUAGUUUGUCAUUUUAAGACAACAAAUUGACAGUAUAAACACUAGUGGUCUGCCAAGGGACUGUUUUCCCCCUCACUGUGCGCGAUCUGCCUGUUAAGAGAUCACAAAUAUUAAUAUAUAUUGACUGGCGGUAAAAAGACUGUUUACUGACAUGAUUAUGAUUAUUAUGCACUGACAACAAGGUCCUUGAACUGUGUUGGAGUUAUUUCUUUUGAGUAGUCAGCGUGACACCAGCCAUUCUUUUGGGUUGUUUUUUCUUUCAGCCUUAAUAAUGAUUCUGAUGGCUGAGCACAUUAGUCUGGGAAGUGUGUGAGCUGAGCGUGUGGGUCUGAGGCUACGUUUCAACUUUAGAGGAAGAGUGAAGCGAAAAAGAUUUAGUUUCACGCAAGAGGAUCACUGCGGUGUAUAUAUUGCAAACCACGUGAGCAUCUGUCAGGUUUGCGUCCGUUAAUAUCAAAUUAAUAAACCCAUAUCUUUGACUUGUUAUUGAAAUGACUUUAUUUACUGAGUAUUUAUGAAGUGUUAACUAUUUGUUGAACCUUGAUUCCCCCCCCACUUCAGGUUGACAAAUGACAUACUGAUAUAGCAAUACAGAAAUCUCAUGUGUUAGGUAAAUAAACACAUUCUUACUCUGUUCUGGGAUUAUUAUAAAUUAAAAAAAAAACAUGUUUUUGGAGAUAAAGAAUGUCCAAUAUGUGCUGCUUUUGUGGGGAAAAAAACAUAAAAUGUGCAAAAAAAAGUAGGAUGCGUGAGAUUUAAUGUCUAAUAUUACAAGAUUAUAUUAAAUUGGAACCUGUCACCGGAAAUAUCGUACAAUUGUGAUUAAUUCUCUACAUCAGUCUGAUAGCAGGGUGGAUAUAGCCUUCUGUCACGCGACUCGAUGUAACCGCUGACGUGACACCUCCAAACCAGCAGUGGCACACGAGCGACAUUCUUGCGUUAAAGUGAGUCCAUCUUUUAAGAGAUUGAAGAUUUUGGUCUUUCGUGGAGAUUUCAUUUCACAUGACUCUAAACUGCCCAAGCUGCUUCAACUGUAAGAUUUGAUGUUUUGUGCCAUGGGAUCAUGACUCGUGUUUGUGCCGAGGAGAAUUUCAUGUGAAAUGUGCAGUCAUAAUUCACCUGGUCCUUUUUAUUGCCAAUUUUCAUCAAAGGUUUGUGUUUAUCUGUCACAAAACUGACUCUUACUUAUGUUUCUGAUAUUGACAUAUCAAUCUAACACUCCGGGAACACAGGGAGUGGCGGAAUGUCCGGUUUGGGAUUAUACUGUAAAGAAUCUGAACGCUUGUGAUGUAGUUAUAUUAACAUAAUUGUGAUAAACAUUUGUACAUAUUGAAUGUUUCCCGAUGUAAAUGUCAACUGAAACCCAACCAAAUAACAUAUUAAGGCGAUAUACUUUUUGUAAGUAAUGUUAUUACACUGUUGAUGUUAUGGCACGUGUAUGAGCUCUUAUUGGAAUAAUAAAAAAAUCUAUAUCUGUACAUAUACAUAGUUUACUUUUUGUUAUGUUUCUGUCUACCUCUCCACAUGUGUUUUCAAUCAGGAUGCAACUAAGCAGAUUACAAGGCUGGCGUGCUGCGUUCUGGGA